UAGUUGAUUGCAGUAACGAUCGCUCAAGAUGAUAUGGCCUGAGCGAUACUGUCGAGGGCGGUGGUGCAAUAUCAGGGCAUAUGUGAUUUUAAUCGUUGCUAUAUGGCUGUUUGUUUUCCUGGAUACUUGGAUUAGACCGAAGCAACCAGAAAGGCAGCAAUUUGGUAAUAUAAAGACUCAAAGGGUAACUCCAACGAAUAAGGAAAUGACAUGCAUGAACGGAACAGGUGAAUUGUCGUCAAGUCAACUUGUUAUUACCAGGACACAUACGCAACAGUGUGAUAUAGUAGCUACGAUGGUUCAGAGAUACGGCUACAAGCACCAGCUUUCUUUCGCUAUUGGACAAGACACAUCUGUGAUUUCCCAUGAUGAAAAAUUCCGUCGCAACAUGGGCUCCGUGGUGCCGAGACAUCAACCAAAAGCCUUGCAAUAUACCAAAAAACAGUACAACGUUCUUGCGAGUUACGUGCGUUUCAAUAAACCGGAGAUUAACGCGGUGGUACCCAACGCUACGUAUAUCACCGUGAUAGUGGAACCGUCCUACCACCUACAGUAUGUUUUCAAUCUGUACAGCGUGGAUAGAAGUUUACAUAUAAAUAAAUACAGGAAUCCGUUGGAGAAAUUCAUGGAAACGCCUCAAAUGUACAUCGAUAAAAGGUUCAAAUUUUGGUUUCAGCUUCAUAACGGUCAGCUCUUUGAUUUAGGAUUUGAUGACUCAGAAUACCGACUUGAUAGAGUGAAACAAAAAAUUGUAGAACUGGAAAGAGAACUCGACUUCGUAUUAAUCGGGGAAUACUUAGAUGAAUCGCUGGUUGUAUUAAAGAAAAAGUUAUGCUUGGAAUGGAAAGACAUUAUGUAUCUCCCCAUACGCAAUGUCAUUCCAGAAAACAGAAGAUACACGACGGAAACCUUAAGAAGACAAAUUCUAGACUGGAAUGCUGCUGAUAGUUUACUAUAUCAACAUUUCAAUAAGACAUUGUGGAUAGAAAUUGGGAUCUACGGACCGAGUUUCCAAUCCGAUCUUUUCCAUCAUAAAACCUCUAAACAAAGAUUGUGGGACGAUUGUUUGGUGGCACGCUCAGCAGUAAAUGACGACAUCAAAUUAAAACCAAACGCAGGUGAUUUCUGUAAUUUUUUGUACAGAUCGGAAAAAGAACUUUGGAAAGUUCUAGGAAAUAAACAGUGA